AAUUCGCAUGGGCUAUUCCGUGAGCCGUGUGGGGUCGAUCAGGCCAUUUGUUUAUUGCCAGAAAUUUCCAACGAACGGCUCACAAACGACCAAGAAAAUAUCACCAAGAUGAGUCGAGACAGAAAUGAUAACUUCCUGAUAGAACCGACGUCUUAAUUGAUGUACUGGGCAAGCUCUUUUGCUUUAGAAGAUGAAGAAGGGUUGUCUAGAAAUAGCUAUCUCUUGUUUCUUUCUGCCGUUAGAUAAUUGGCUGAAUUCCAAAUUCCCUAGUAAACCUUUUUCAUUCCCCCAGUGAAUGGAUAUGUGAAUUCUUGGGGGGCCUGGGGCAAGUGCUCUCACUCUUGUAAUGGCAAGCAAUGGCGAACGCGUACAUGUCCGCCAAUGACGUCAUGCACCGUAGAAGAUCUGAGCGAAGAGCGCGAAUGUAGAACUGACAAGUGCGUGGCGCCGGAUGUUCUUCUCGGCAUCGGGAUCGUAUCCACGCUGUUAGUGAUCGCUGUUAUAAUACUCAUCUUCGUGAUCGUGAGAAGAAGGAGAGUGCUAAGGCAACAAGCCGAACUCGACGCCCAGCGCCCGUAUUUCAAGGACCACAUUCACCACGCCCUCAUUGAAAGCUACUACAAUGGCAUUAACCAGAAGUCUAACCCUACCUCACCUGCGAGUAAUGAACGAAUUUCUCGGCGUCUAUCCUCCACUUCACUAACAUCGCUCGGCGCGGAGACGCCCCUGACGAAGAAGAGGGAAUUCGAGAACGAUGCAGAUCUCGCUAUGGAGCAUUUCGACUCACAUGCUUCGCUAUCAAGCUCGACGGUGGAACCCUCUUUUACGAGGCAAGAUAACGACUCUACGAGCGAGGUCGAGUCAGAAGCGGCGAGUAGCGUGGUCGACAUACGAAGGGAUUCCAUGACUCAGACAGAUGGGCUGGCUCUUGCAAGUGUUUCACGAAUUCGCUCUGAAGAAAACGAGUUAAACACGAAGGUAGAUACGUCACCCUUUCGGAAAGGAACCUCGCCAAUAUUGAAAAAUAAGUGGUAUACAAACAAACGUUCCUCUGCAAACAACACGGAUUCACCAACUCAAGGCCGGUAUUCAAGUAUAAUAAAGAACAUUCCAGCCAAACCGAAACCUUAUCAGAAGGGACGAGAAGGGACGGAAUCGGGCAAAGGAAGGAGGAUUGAGCGGAGGACAAGUAGGGCCAGUAGUGUGGCCAGUAGUAUGGAUAGCAUCGAGGAGCUGAGUGAAGAGGAAGAUGAAUCGGGUAAUGCACAAAUACGUGUCGCGGCGUCAUCAGGCAUAGAAAAGAAGCCUCUUGAAUUGCACGUAACGAGAGAUUAUCCCAUAGUCUACCAUUUGUAGCACAGGAAUGUGAGAGCUAAGGUUCAUCAAUCAUAAUAAGGUUACACAACACAACGCAAGUUAACAGGAGAACUUUGAAGGAAAUCUACAACACCAAGCUCUUUCAUAACAUACAAAGCCUUCAGGGGCGGAUCUAGCCUUUCGCUAAAGGGGGGUUUGGCUCAGUGGCAAAGAGGGGAGGGGUGAUUUUUGGUUCUUACAUACGGCUUUCUGGCAGCCCAAGGGGGGUUUAAACCCCCUUAACCCUCCCCUAGAUCCGCUACCGGCCUUCCACCUGCAAACACCCAGGCCCAUACAGCAGCUUCUCACUAAGACAAACGCCACACGGGGGCUAAGGCGGAUCAGCACAGUUAAGCCAAAAACUAAAAUGGUCAAGAGAUCUGUUACUUUUGAGGUCGCAAAGGCGUGGACUACGCUAUCAUGGCACAUGUUAUCAUCGCCGGCACCAUGAUACACUAGGCUCUUUCAAAGACAGCUGUCUAAAGACUUGCAAGACAGACAGUAGAUUUGUCACUCAACCCAGAUAGCAGAUUAGUCACGCAACACAGGAAGUAGAUUGGUCAAACUAAACAACGCAAUGACGUCCGUGAGCCAACGUGCUUUUCCUAUUUCUAUAUGUUAUACAUGUUCUCAAUGUAAGGUCAUCACAUUAAAUACUACUUAUAAA